AUGAUCAUCUGGGGGUUGUUUGGGCGGCGAUAUAAGGCGGGCGGCGUUUGGGCGCCAGUCACAGCGGCUACGGCGCUCAUGUCGGCACACGUAGGGCUCCGGGAGCAAGGCCCUAGGGUCCUUAGGGUCGGUAGGGCCGUAGGGAUGGACAAGGAGGAGGUUCGGAGUGAGGCGGCUGCGAGCCCAAAACGGCUGUGCUGGUCGCGCCGCCCGCCCGCGCCGCUGCCUGAUACUAGGGGACUCUGCUGCGCGAAACUCCUGAGGAAAAACGGCAAAUCGAAAAAGGUGCUGUUGUUCCCCGAAGAAGGCUGGGCACGGAGCGCGUCUUCUUCCUACUGGACGCUGCAGCCGUGCUGGUGGCGCCGCUCGCGGUGUAAGGUGGUGGAGGUUGCGGGAACUAGGAGGCACACGACGCACGCCCGCAUGGUGGUGAGCGGCGUCAACGCGGUCUACAUCGUCGGCACCUUCAAGCACUCCGGGACUGAUGCCGAUUUUAAGUUGUAUCUGACGACGAACGUGACGCAGGCUGACUUCAACAUGGGCUACACUAUGACGGGCACGCUGGAGAGAGGCAGCCGCUCCACCAACACCUUUCAGGUCACGCAUUUUGCUGUCCUCCGCCGCUGCGACCAUGAAGGACAUCAUCUGAAGAACACUUAAGUAGAACGUAUAUCCGAGGAAAUUGAUUCCUAG